AUGGCAAAAGAAUCAAAGGAACCAUUGUCUGAUUAUAUUAAUGAAUCAUUUGAUCUUUCCUGCGAUGAUUUUUACUUCUCUUUGCUAUUCAACAUAGAAGGCGAAGAUGAAGAAAUGAUUCUUCCUGUUUCAGAUUCUUUAUACGCUGAAGAAUUGCAGCUCCAAGAAUCCAUCAUGGCCUCAUUAAUCAGUUCUCAGAACCCAAAAAAUGAUCCGAUUUCCGAAACAGUUGUUGGGGAAUCAUCGAGACGGUUCUGCAAAAUAUGUAUAGGAAGCAAAGAAACUGAUGAGAUGUUUACAAUUCCGAGCUGCAAUCAUCAGUUUUGUGCCGAUUGCAUUUGCGAACAUGUAGCAAUAACAAUCCAAGAAACCGCGGUCGUAACGUGCCCGGAAUUGGACUGUAGAGCCAGUCUUGACAUUGAUGCUGGUAGGGAGAUCCUGUCUAAGGAUGUUAUUACAACAUGGGAGGAUGUCCUAUGGAGUCAGAGUGUCCUUUUUGCUGGAGAUUGUUCUGUGCACAGUGCAAUGUGUCGUGGCAUUCAGGAGUUGAAUGUGAAGAGUACCAGAGGAUGA